UAUCGCUGUGGUCCUGAACCCGGACGACGCUUGCGGACGGCGCCGAAGUCGAAGUCGAAGUCGAAGUCGCCGUCGCGGUCGUUGUUGCCGUCGAGUCCACGAGGUGUCCGCGCGAGAUAUGCGGACCGGGGAGGACAAAUCGCUGUGGUCCUGAACCCGGACGACGCUCGCGGACUAUGUCGGUGUCGGGGUCGAAGUCGAAGUCGCAGGCCGCCGGGGCCAUCGUCCAGCGAGCGAGACCGAGCGGAGCAGGUGAUUCACCGACGCCAGCGCUUUCCCCAGCUGAUCAGUCACCGUUAGGUGCGGACCAGGGCGCCUCUGGCAACAGUGGGCCUGAACCCCGGAUGUCGCUCGCUGGAAUGCUGAAGUCGAAGGCCGUCGUCCACUGAGAAAGUAUGUCAGUACAAAUCAAGUCAAGCGCCGGAUGCAAGCACUCACCUGGGAGGGAAGGGAAGGGAA